AUGUCCGCCCCCAUGCUCUCGCGACGCCUCCUGCUCACGGAAACCGUGUCCUCCGCCGCCGCCGUAGGACGGUUGUCUCGUUUCGCUAUCAAUGCCUCCGCCUGGUCUCCCAACUGGCUUAAGCCCGCCGCUAUAUCCUUGAGUAUUCCCGGGAUCAUGGAGGGCCUUUGGGACUCUGUUCUCCGCGCCGUCCCCAAGAAGAAGACUUCUCACAUGAAGAAGCGUCAUCGACAAAUGGCUGGCAAGGCUUUGAAGGACGUCAAGAGUCUCAGCACAUGCUCCGGAUGUGGCCAGGUGAAGCGCUCGCACGUCCUGUGCCCCCACUGCGUCGAAACCCACCCCGUUGAUAUCUUCGCACUGGCCGUGACUGACAAGCAGAUCUUGUCGGCCUCGGGUACUUCUUCCCUCAAAGUUCACUCCACUACAGAUCCCGAUUUUCCGCUAGUACAGUCUAUUGACGGUGCCCAUAAAGUCGGGUGCCAUCAUGUGGUUACUAACGGAAAUGGUUCGAGGGCCGUCAGUAUUGGCUUUGGCGGUGAAAUCAUGAUUUGGUCUUGUCAUGACGGAGUCUGGGCAAAGGAUGAGGGAGCGUCUGUCAACAAGGCAACACCUGCGGAUGUUUGGGCCAUCGCUUUGUCCGAAGAUGGUCAAUAUCUUGCCGGUGUUACGCAAGAUGGUCAUAUCAAGGUGUGGGAUCUGGACACUAAUGGCGAGGAAAUCCGAGACUAUGAAACCAAAGGUAGCUUCGGCACCUGCAUAGAUUUGUCCGCGGAUGGCCGCUUUAUAGCAAGCGGACACGAAAAUGGUAGUGUUUACAUUUUUAGUACAGAAAGCGGACGCAUGCCAUUCAGCCUAUCAGGCUUGGUCAAACCUGUACGAGCUGUUGCAUUCUCCCCAGGGGGAAAAUUUCUUGCUGCUGCUGGAGAUUCCAAGGUAAUUGUGCUUUAUGACACGUCCUCUGGUGAACAAGUGGCAAGUCUCUCGGGGCACACCGCAUGGGUCAUGUCGCUUUCGUGGAGCCCCACGGGGGAGUAUCUUCUCAGCGGGUCGUUUGAUGGAAAGGUCAAAGUUUGGUCGAUAGACACAAGAGCAUGUGUGGCCACCCAUUCCGAAACAGACAAAGCAAUUUGGAGUGUCAAGUGGCUGGCGAAGAUCGGAAGAUCAGUAGGAUUUGCCACGGCUGGUGCAAACAGGAGCAUAUCAUUUUACCGUGAGGCUACUGGUGGUUAG